CACACACACACACACAGUUUUACACGCACGCACGUGCACGCACCCAUACACGCGCGCAUUCCACCAGUGACUCUCUGUUGUGUUCGCCUUGGUUCCAGAAACGGACGUGCUUUUGGAUUUAGCCGCCGGUGCUCCCUCCGUUCAGCGAUGGUGUGAAGACCUGAGACAGUAAAGAUAACUGGAGUUAAUGUGAGACCAGUAAUACAGAGAUGUCAAUCCCUUCCAGUUAGCGACAUCUCUACAAUGAUGGGGAUAUAAAGGAGAGUCUGCAGCUCUCCUCUCAGGGACAGUCUUCUGCAGCUAUCUCUGGUCACAGGCCUGCCUGGCAUCACUCAUCCAUACCAUUCCUCUUUCCAUCCACCCAUCCUUCCCCGUCAUGAAAGGCCUGUCCAGUAGUCGGAGUCACCAUCACGUGGUCUCCUAUGAACCAUCAUAUGAUCUACUGGGUCACCAUGUGGACCGCAAGCCAUAUUUAAUCAGUCAGAAUGACAUGCCCGUGCCCAUUCCCAUGCCGCAUCCAGCUGAGCUGUCCUAUUACAAUUCCCAGCGUACCCCGUACCCCUCCGACAGCAACAGCAUCGUCCCAUAUGGAACCUUCCCAAGGAGGUGCCACUCCACCUCCUCAUCUCACCAUCCUGAGGUAAAGGAUGAGUGUAUGGCCAUGGUACCAUAUGUAGGAGGAGGAAGGGGAGGAGGAGGAGGAGGUGGAGGAGGCUAUGGAGGUAAAACUCCAACCCGGGUACCAGCAAACUUUGCGGACCCGUUUGAGCGUCAGCCGUCAAUUCCCAGAGAUGGCUACCAUACACUACAGUACAAACGAGGAGUGCUGGCCCACAGUGGGGGGAUGGGGGCCAACAACAACAACAAUGACAGCCCAGGGAGAAUUCGGCACCUGGUCCACUCAGUCCAGAAACUCUUCACCAAGUCACAUUCAUUGGAGGGGCCGCACCACACACAGCCCUCAAAGGGGGCCAAUAAUGGGAGCGUUAAUGGUGGUGGUGGUGGCGGAGGAGGUGGUGGUGGUGGUUCACGGGCCAGCCCAGAGGGUGAAACUCCACCAGUGGGAGUGCGCCAACGGAAGCGCAGCAAGAGCCGUGAGCGCUGUCGAUCAGCGGAGCCCAAGCAUCGAAGCCACCACCACCACCAGCUCCACGGCUCAGCGUCUGCUCCAGGCUCCGGAUAUUGGAGCUCAGAUGACAACCUGGAACGGGAGCUGUGUCUCUACCACCCUCACCACCACCAACCUCCACCCUCACCUUCACCCUCCAUUUCCCCCUCGCCCAUCGCCAUGACAAUGGGCCGGUAUCCCGGCAACAACCACGACAAGUUUCCCCAGACUCCCCUCCCCAGUCUCUCCUCCUCGCAGUCCCAGCAGUACUUCAUGAUGGACCCUUACAGCACACUCAACGAGCACACACACACCCACGCACACCAUGGCCACACACACCACCAUUCUGCACUCAAAGCCUCCCGGAGCAACAACGAUGUGAAGUAUGCAGCGUCGUCGUCAUGUGUGCCAGUUAGUGGUAGCAGCAAUAACAGCGGUGGCGGUCUCGUUGGAGGAAGUGGCCCCUUGCUGCCAAUGGGUCUUGUGGACGGGCCCCUUGUGAAGAAAGGGGCAUGGUCAUCAAGCCUAACGGUGAGCAGGGCCCGAGAGGUCUACACCAACAACAGCAGCCACAACCACCUACGAGCCAGCGCAGGAUCCGGUAACCUAAACCUAGAUAGAGCUCUAUUCAAAUCUAAGGGCAGUCAGCAGCAGGAGCGCUCUUGCCAUUUCUUACAGGUACCCCAGGAUGAGUGGAGCGGCUUCUCUCCGCUGGGGAAGGAGGACGACAUCCCCUGUCGGAGGAUGAGGAGCGGCAGCUAUGUCAAAGCCAUGGCUGAAGACGACAGCGGAGACUCAGAUGGGAGUCCCAAACCCUCCCCCAAAGUCCAGGCGCGCCGAGCCAGCUACCUGAAAGCCACACAGCCGUCACUGACUGAGAUGACCACUCUACAGAUUUCAACGGAGCACUCCCCUAAACUUCAGAUCAGGAGCCACAGUUACCUGCGUGCGGUGAGUGAGGUUUCAAUCAAUAGAAGUGUGGAUACCCUGGACCCCAAAACCCUCCUCGACCCCAAAUCGCUGCUGUCCUCACCCCAAUACCGCUCACGCAAUGAAAGCUACAUGAGGGCCAUGAGCACCAUCAGUCAGCUGAGCGAGGUGGAGUUGAACGGGCAGAUCGAGCAGGUGUGUGAGCAGGUCUACAGUGCAUUGCAGGCCCAGGCCAUGGAGGCUGCCAUGGACAGCAUGGAGACCAUGGACACCCUGCCUAUGCCGGGGUGCUUCCGGAUGCGGAGCCACAGCUAUGUACGAGCGAUUGAUCAGGGCUGUUCGGGGGAGGAGGAGGGAGAAGGAGGGAGACCGCUGCUCAUCCUGCCUUCCUCCCCACCGCGUACAUCUGCCACCACUGUCAGGACCAUCCAGAGCAGCACAGUUUCAUCUUGCAUCACCACCUAUAAGAAAACCCCUCCACCAGUGCCGCCCCGAACUUCAACCUGCUCCACAGCCUCCAAGCCCUACAUCUCCAUCACAGCCCAGAGCAGCACCGAGUCUGCACAGGAUGCAUACAUGGAAGAAGAAGGACCCAGAGGUGACAUGACCAUCCAGUCAGGGCUCAGUAACUCAACAGAAAGCAUUGACAGCAUGAAGGCCCUGACAGCUGCAAUAGAAGCUGCAAAUGCGCAGGUUCAUGGACCAGCCAGUCAGCAUGUCAGUAACAGUACCAUGACAGUCAGCACCCCCACCCCCUCAAUCCUGAGCAGGGGGCCAGUUGUUGAAAACCACCGGGAUGUAUACAGGAAAGAAGCACUCAGGAAGGGCAAAUGUCUUUCCAUAGGCAUCCAGGUUGAUGGACCAGAAGAGGUUCCAGAUCCAGAGGACCCAUCCAAGUUCACCUCAGUAGGGGUGCAAGUAGAGGAUGACAGAGGGUAUCGGCGGUUCCAGCGCUCCAACAGUGUGACAGCAGCUGUACAGGCAGAUAUGGACAUGCCAGACCUGCUGGAUACCCCUUUAGACUCCCCGGACACUGACAUGGAAGUCCUGUCAUCUGGUGCCAUCUCUCGACAAUACUCCCGCGAUGCUGCCACCUCUACGGUCAGCAUCCAAGGCUCAGGGAACCACUACCACGCCUGUGCCUCCGAUGACUUCGACGAUGUGGGCUUUGACCCGUCCAUCCUCCCCCCUCCAGACCCCUGGAUAGACAGUGUAACAGAAGACUCACUUGAUGUCAACUUCAACAGCUCUGCUAUUCUGGAGGCGGUGCAGCGGUCGGUGUGUCACAGAGAUGGACGCUGGUUUCUGAAGCUGCUGCAGGCCGAGACUGACCGCAUGGAGGGCUGGUGUCAACAGAUGGAGCUCGACCAACGGGACAAUGACCUGCCUGAAGAGAUCCUCGGCAAGAUAAGGAGUGCUAUAGGAAGCGCUCAGCUUCUGAUGUCCCAGAAGUUUCAACAGUUCAGGGAGCUGUGUGAGGAAAAUCUGAACCCCAACGCCCACCCUCGUCCUGUGGCCUCAGACCUGGCAGGUUUUUGGGAUAUGCUUCAGCUGUCCAUUGAGAACAUAAGCCUCAAGUUUGAUGAGCUUCACCAGCUCAGAGCCAACAACUGGAGACCCCUGGAUCCCCCUGAGAGAAAGGAGAGGCGGCUCCCACCUCCAGUGCCAAAAAAGCCUCCCAAGGGCCCCCACCACCACCCCCCUCUUGCCAGAGACCGCUCGCUGGAGAGCUCAGAAAAACAGCGGCAAGAGGCCAGGAAGCGCCUGUUGGCCGCCAAGAGAGCUGCAUCCGUACGUCAGAACUCAGCUACGGAGAGCGCUGACAGCAUCGAGAUUUACAUCCCCGAGGCUCAGACAAGGCUAUGAAGACACUACCAGGGACACAUACACAGGGUUGACAUGCAGUACACACGUAACACACACAACACAAACACAAAAAUGAAUGGUUGUCCACACCAAGGUACAGGGGUGUAACCGAAUAUGAACACUUUAUUCAGAUAUCCCCAUGCGCUGUGAACAGAUAUGGAAAACAAUUUCCUACAUCAUACACAACUUGCUACAGUUAGCAUAAUCCAAUCUUUACCAUAGUGUUUGUAUUUCUGAUAUUAAAAAAGGCACUCCUCAUAUUUUAUUUUAUGUGAAUUUUGGCCUGUUUCUUUGUCAACAGUUUUCUCAAUUUUCAUCAUAGACAUAUUUUAAACCAACUUUCAAAUUCAUCUGAGCCUAACUCCCAUUUUAAAAAACACCGUCCGUUUCAAAAAAAAGAAAUUCUGGUAAUAUGGCCUAAUGCAAUUCAACUUGUUUUUUUACCACAAAAACUCAACAUUGACCUUUUCCAAGAUACGGACAUUGGCUUUGCGUUACACCCCUACCAGCCUAUGUGCAUUUGACUUUCAAGACCCUAGACACUGUACCCUUCAGUGGGGAGCAUCAGUUGGCCAUGGUCCAAGAGCUGCCCAAGAGCUGUCCAAACCUCUAACGCACCAAGACUUCUACAGUGUAGACCCAUUAUUUAGACACAUGCAGAUAUUCAAAUACACGUUUCUAACUUCUAAUAUUGAGGCCAACUGUCACUCUUUAUAAAGCUGCAACUGCAGCUACGUAUGUUACAGUGGUUCUCCCUGGUGUGUGUAAUCCACCCUAAAUUGAGCUAAAUUAAAAUACAAAUUAUUU